AUGAAUUCCGUAUUUUCUGCAUUUAAAACUUCCUCAACAGCCGCGUCGCCUUCGUCCGCGGCGACGGCGAAUUCCAACGGUGUCGUCGGGGUUGGUCCGACAUCCGGAGGAAGCCACGACCACACCACCGGCAACGGCGGUAUGGUUCUCACGAACGGCACCCUCAUGGGUCCAAAAUCCACCCCAACGUCGUCCUCAUCCACCUCCUCGAAGCUGCUGCUCAACAUCAAAACCCACCGGCCAGCGGUGGCCGACCAUCCGCCCAACAGCAGCUACGAGAAGCUACGGCACAUACGCGAGAUCAGCUGCACCAACCGAAACAACAGUCUCGUGGUUGGGCUGGAUGGGGAGCUGGAUGUAGUGCCGGCAGCAACUACACCGGAAGAUACCUCGGUAGCAACCACACCCGUCCAGAGUCCUAUGACGCUCGACGACAAGUGUCUCGGAACGGCGGACACCUUGGAUUCGUCGGCAGACUCCACCAACUGCCUGCCACUAAACGGCAGCAGUGGACCACGGAUCGUAAGCGUCGAUCAGGUGGACAACCACCACCAUCAUCCUCAUCUGAAUAGCGGUGCCGGACUGGUGAAUGGUACCGGUAAACUGCACCAAGCAAAGGCUGACACAACGACCAAGAGUGAUAGCAGUAGUAGUAGUAGUUGUAGUAACGGUAGCAACAGCGUUAGAGCAACCGUAGCAGUAGCUAGUAGUGGCACCAACAGCAACGACAGUGGGUUGCUGCCGAAGAAAAAGAGCGCCUCCACCUCGUGUACGGACCUCGGAACGACACUGGCGCCACUCGCAAUAAAACCCCCAUCAGGUGCUUCCCUGUCGAACUCGUCCACCGGUGCCAUCGCUUCGGUGGAUGGUACUGCGUCCAAUGGUACGAUUGCGAGUAUGCCACCACGAUUCCACAAGCCAAGGUUAAGCCUGAGCAACAGCUGUGGCGGUGGAGGAAACAGCGGUCUCUCCACCAGCAGCAUGCCCUCAGUUCAUGGACGCACCGGACCGAAUGCGAACGGUGGAUCGUCCUCGUCCGGAAUGCCACCGCCAAAGACGAGACUAUCAACGCACCAAAGAAAUCUUAGUUUAGACUUUAGAUCAAUGGGAAUUCUCUUACCUCCAGUGUCGCAGGUGACCAACAAUCGCAUCAACAUGACCCAACAUCACCGGAAUCGAAGUUUAGAUAGUGCCCUGCAAAGGAUACCGGAGGUGGAAGUGUCCUCACCGAGUGCGGAGUCGGAAAAUACGCUACACUGCACGAACGGUAUACUGAGCGGUACGAUGUGCAGCAAAAUCAUCCAAUCCUCGUCCACCAAUCCGACCAACACACCGAGCAAUAGUGGUCGAGGAAUUACCUCAAUAGCAAAUGCCGGCACUACUGCAAAAGGCGGUUCGAGCGUCACCGAAUCGGAAACAGAAACGGUUGUAAUAGCAGCUGCCUCAACCACCAACAGUACGCAUCAUCAACCAAAUCGGCAACAGAUAAGCAGAAAGGUGGACAUCCUAGAGCAAGCCGCUACGCUCAGGGCGCUUAAAAGCUGUCAUUCCACGGAUGCCGAAACGAUCGUAAAUUCGAUUGUGAAGGAUAGUGACAGCAAAAAGAGGGAAGAUCUUACUAGUCUUGGCUCGGAUGAUUCUGGCAUUAUUUGUGGCUCGGAACCUGAUCACACCUCGUUGACGAGAAUUCGCCGAUCUAGGGAAAGUCUGGACUCGGGCGAGAUCGACCCGUCGGAGGAGGAAUGCAUCGAGAUAUUGGAAACCACCUCGAUGGAGGAAGAGUAUCGGAUGCUACAGUCCGACCUGUGCUUCUACCCUACGACCAUGGAUCGAACGGCGAAAGAGGACGGAAGCGACUCGGACACGAGACCGCUCGACAACUGCAUUGAGCUUCAGCAGCAUCCACAGCAGAACACUCUAACAUCUGCCGGAUCAGGUGUCAACGGACCGGUAAGCGAUAAAGUUCGCUACCGGCAGCAAAACAUGACCCGUGCUGCCAUCAUGCUCGAGAAACUGUUCGUUCCGAUUCACUAUGAAGACGGCGAGAAUGGGCCGGUAGCAACAAGUGGAAAUCUCGGCAAUGAAGAGGACGAGAUGCUUACCCAUCCGGAUGCAACGACACCGAUCGUUGCCGAAGGGAAAUGUUUGACGACGCCUACGAACGCCUUGACGAUGAUAACGGUUCCCCUUGCUCAGCAACCUGCUUCCACUACCGUGCCAAGUACGGCAGUCAGUCCGAGUGAGACAAAAGCUGCCAUCAACGAUCCUCCCAAGAACGAUCAAAAGAAUGAAGUGAUGUUUCGGAACUUUUUCGGCGCAACCAAGAAUGCCAUCUUCCGAACGGCGCAAAGCAUUAUCGAUAAUCACGAGAAGAAGCAUGCGAAGCAGCGAGAAAAGCAAGCUGCAACGAAUACGACACCAGAAGAAGCUGGUCCCGUAACGACCGGCAGUGGUGUAGUUGCUGGAGCAUCGUCCAGCGGCACUUUGAAUACUACAGUCAAAUCCCCAACGGAACUGCUGAGAAAGCGUGAGUUUGGUAGCAUGUUCGCGAGGAGUAGCAACAGCAGCAAACAUCAUCACCACAACCAGCAAAGCAGUAAUACCAGCAGCAGUAGCUCCAGUGUCGUCACACCGACCGCAACCACCUCGACAACAACCUCAGCGUCGAUGGAAUUCGAUACAACUUCUUCAUCGACGGAGAGCGGUAGCAGUCAGCUAAACAUUCCCAAGGCGUCCCUUUCAAAAUCGUCCUCGACCGCAUCAUUGAAGCUGGUUCCUGGUGUGGCGGUAGCGGCAACACCUUCCACCUGCAGCACAACCUCCGCCUCAAUCAUACACUGUACCGGCAGUGGACCCCGCGACGAAUCCCAGAUUCGCACGGAACGAACGGGACAGAGUGGUCUUUUACGUUUCUUUGAAUCGCCCGUGUUCAACAUACACUUUGCCGUGCACUAUCUGUUCUACUCGAAGGAACCGGGUGUGCUAAGCUUUAUUGGCAAUAAGAUCUUCAGCUUCCCGAAUGGUGAGGUGGAUCUGUACAUACCGCAGCUGAUCGUGAUGUACAUGCAGAUCGAAGAACUGUCCGAAGUGCUUGACCCGUACCUGGUGUACCGGUGCCGACAAUCGGUAGACUUUUCGCUCAAGUGUGUAUGGCUGCUGGAGGCGUACAAUUUCAACACGGAGAUGCUUAGCGGUGCCAGCAAUAGUGUACGUAAACAUUUGAGCUUAUUGCGCGAGCUGUACCCGAAGCGGGAACGAGUGAAGCUAGCUGCGACCGUUGCCCCUAUCACCACCAGCAGUAGUGAAGUGUUGGGAACGAACAACGAUCCAACUCUACAAGCCCAUCCAGCGUUGUCUGCAGUGCGUAAAACGCAUCAUCGCUCGCAGUCUGAUGCGACGGGUAUGAUGGGAUUGUUGGCACAACAUCACCAUGCUCAUCACGCUCCAAUACCUGGAGUUCCCGGUCCUAGCAACCGAUCACCGGUGUGUCUGGGUGAUCUGAGCACAGGUCGAGCAUUUGACAAUGGAUGCGUGUGUUUCGAAUCCGUGCGAGGCACUGUGAACGAUCUGCUCGGUCAACAGACCGUUUGUUCCUGCGGAGCUCCGAAGCUAGCCCCCGAAAAGGAGUUCAUGAAGGCAUUGAUCGACAUCGGCAAGAUGCUCACCUGUCUGCAGACCAAGAUCGAAAAGACGUCCCGUUUGCGCAUUCUUUUGAAUCUAAUCAACAAAAAUUUACCAGCACGUGUUUGGCUUCCACUCCACACCGAAACUCCUCAUCAUGUGGUGCGCAUCACCGAGGAGAAAACGGCAGUACUCAACUCGAAAGACAAGACGCCUUACAUCAUCUACGUGGAGGUAGUCGAAGUGCAAGACAUCUACACGUCACCCGUCAUUCCAAAGUUGAUGCCGACACUGAGGCACACAAAAAGCGAAGAACGGCUUGACAGUAGCAUCAGUGCGAGCGCGCUAAACUCGGACGACAGCAACCCCAAUAAGACUGAACAGACCUCCUCCUGCCAACAAACGAGCGAAGAAUCGACCUCGUCUACUACUGUACCGCAAACAGCACCACUGCCGGCAGCAGUGGCAGCAUCAUUGGCCUCGUCGCGAAGUCGGCAUAGCAAGCUGUCGGAAUGUUCGGCAGAGAACGGAGGGAAUAGUAGUAGUAUGAUGGAGCUCGGCCUAACGGAGGAUGAUGUGUGGUCGCAGGAAGAUGACGAAAUCACGGCCCAGUAUCUGAGCCUCACGAAAAUGUCUAGCGAUCGGGAUGCGAUAUCGCAGUUCUCUAUCGAUUCGUAUGACUCCCGGGAUCAUCACACUCCUGCCUUGUUUAACAUAGGGGAGGUGAAAAAACGCCACUGUGCCAACCUGAACUCGGAGAAUGCAAAACCCUUCAGCAAUGAUCCAUCGGAUCCAUCCGCUGCUGCGUUAAAAGAACCGUGGCAUGAGAAGGAAAAACAAAUACGGGACUCAUCACCGUACGGACAUCUUCAGUCCUGGAGACUUCUGUCGGCAAUCGUUAAAUGUGGUGACGAUUUGCGACAGGAGCUGAUGGCCACGCAGUUAUUACAGAUGUUCAAGCUGAUCUGGGAGGAGGAAAAGGUGGGUCUUUGGGUGCGACCGUACCGGAUCGUCUGUCUCUCGAACGACUCCGGACUGAUUGAAACGAUCGUCAACACGGUUUCGUUGCAUCAGAUCAAGAAGAAUUCCAACAAGAGCCUGAAAGACUACUUUAUCGAUGAGUUUGGCGAUGUGGAAACGGUUGCAUUCCGUAUGGCGCAGCGUAACUUUAUGCAUUCCUGCGCUGCCUACUGUCUGAUCUCGUACCUGUUGCAAGUGAAAGAUCGACACAAUGGUAACAUCCUGCUGCAUUCCGAUGGACAUCUGAUCCAUAUCGACUUUGGCUUCAUCUUGAGCAUAUCGCCAAAAAAUUUAGGCUUCGAACAGUCACCAUUCAAACUGACGCCCGAGUUUGUAGAUGUGAUGGGUGGUCCAGAGUCGGAGCUGUACUGUGAGUUCAAGUAUCUGCUGCUGGACGGUCUAAAAGCAGCUCGCAAGCAUAUGGAUCGCAUCAUCAACAUUGUGGAAAUUAUGCGAAGCAGUUCACAACUACCCUGCUUCAAAAAUGGAUGCUCCGGUACGGUGCGCAAUCUACGCAAUCGCUUCCACAUGAAUCUGACCGAGCAGGAGCUUGAGCGGAAAGUGGAACAACUGAUCCAGGAUUCGCUGAACUCUCUCUCGACCAAGCUGUACGAUGGCUACCAGUACAUCACGAACGGAAUCUUGUGA